GCCUUGACGUCCAUUUCUAACCUUACUAGUAAGAAAAUAAAAUUAGAGGAAGGGAAGAAAAAUGGAAUAUCAAUCAGAUAUGAUAUAUAUGGGGCUUCAAUUUCACAGUUCACUCCGUAAAAUUGCAAGAUGGUUGGCAUGGUUGCUUCAGUAUAAAAUACUUAUUUUAAUUUAUUCGUUAUAUUAUUUUUUACCAAAUGAAUUAAAAUAAAUAAUAUUUUGUAAAAUUAAAACAAGUAUUUAAUAUAAUCAAAUAAUCAAUGGCUCAAAUAAAUUUGAUUUAUAUAUUAACCGAAUUAGAAAUCCUUUAACCAUGUUAUUUAAUAAAACUGGUAACGUCGAAAUUUGAAAAAAAAUAGUUUUAUUCCCAUGCCGUCACAUACUUUUAUUUUAGUUUAUAACUUAUAUCUUGUGAACUUUUUUCUUAAUUAUUUUGAUCGAUACAUGAAUUUUUAAUCCAACAUUAAGCGUGAUUAACUGUUUUCAUUUACCAUUAUAGUAAAUUCUAGGUUCUUGAAGGUACUAAUUAUGUUAGUCUUUCAAAUUGUGAUAUUUUUAUGUAUUUAAGCUGUAACAAUUAAUUUUUACAUUAAAAGUUGGGACUGCAGAAAAAACUAUCAUAAAAAAGUCAUCAUGAACAAUAGUUUUUCAAAAAAGUGACAAUAUUACGAACUUUAAAAUUAUGUUACUUAACCUUUUAAGUUGAAUUUCACUUGUGUAUUUAUUAAACCUGAACAUUAAUUUUCUUCAAUGCUAAACUAUAAUAAUGAUGCUACAGUAACGUACAAAAUUCAGAUGUUCCAUAUAUAUAUAUAUAUGAUUUGCGGUUGAGUUAUUUCUGGCCACCACCGAUAUCUUGAAUUUGUGAAAUAUUUCCUUGUCAUUUUAUGUAAAUAAAAUUGACACGUGGAAGUGAUUUAUUUUAAAAAUGUGGAAAAAUAUAAAUAAAAUAAAACAGAGUGUUUUGCGUUGUGCACCCUAGAAUAACAGAUAAAUGAAAGAAAAAGAAAGGGGUCGGGGGAAGGACAAGGCAUGAAUGCAUGAUAAUUGUUGUCUACUAACUCUAGUAAAGUUUGAAACCUAGGUUGACCUAACCAUGGUUUAAGGUUUGCAGUUAGAAGUUGGAGAGCGUAACCUGCAGGGUUCAUUUCUCUCUACCUCUUCCUUCUUGUUUUCUUCAAUAUUCACACUCACCCCUUCACUUUGCUACGAAGGAAGAAUACCCUUUCCCCCUUCGUUUUCAUUUGUGAAAGACCCUUCUCUUCUCGUUUCUCCUUUUGUUUCCUUCCACUCUCAGUUUUCUCCGAAUGUCCUUUUUACAGCACACCGUUCCUUUCCUCGCAUGUUUUGUCCCCCUUUUGCCAGCUUAGCCUCAGAUUGUUUCCGCGUGAAUCCCAGUUCUUGUUUAUCUCUCUCUCUCUCUCUCUCUCUUUUCCAUUAUAAUUCUCGGGGAUUUCUCUGAAGCUGAAAUUUGCAAGAUCUGAGAUUGUGGUUCAUGAGAUGGAAGAGGAGCGCGUAGAAGGCGGUACUGGAUUGUGGGGUUGAAAAUUUGAGCUUUUAGGUUAGUGGGUGGUUGGGUUUUGGAGAUGAAGGUGGAGGUGGGGUUAGGGCGCGUGGUGUGGGACGAUGAAGAGAAGGCGAUGGUUGCGGGCGUACUGGGCGCACGCGCUUUCGAAUUUUUGAUGACAAACUCUGUGUCGAAUGAGAGUCUCUUAAUGGCCGUUGGGAGUGACGAGGGGCUUCAGAAUAAGCUGUCGGAUCUCGUGGAACGCCCCAACGGCUCCAAUUUCAGUUGGAACUACGCGAUUUUCUGGCAGCUCUCGCAAUCAAAAUCUGGGGAGUGGGUUCUGGGUUGGGGAGAUGGGUGUUGCAGGGAACCCAACGAGGAAGAAGAGAGUGUGCUUAGCGGAAUACUGAGCCUUUCCAUGGAGGAUGAGAUGCAGCAGAGGAGGAGGAAGAGGGUACUGCAAAAGCUGCACACCACCUUUGGGGGUUCAGACGAGGACAAUUACGCUUUUGGGCUUGACCAUGUCACUGACACCGAGAUGUUCUUUCUCGCUUCCAUGUACUUCUCUUUUCCUCGUGGCCAUGGUGGCCCAGGUAAGUGCUUUGCAUCAGGGAAGCAUUUCUGGCUCAAAUCUGUAUCUGAUUAUUGCGUACGAUCUUACUUGGCUAAAUCCGCCAGAAUUCAGACUGUUGUUUUGGUCCCUACUGAGUUGGGAGUGGUGGAGUUGGGUUCUGUGAGAAUGUUAGCCGAGAGCUUUGAAUUGUUGCAAGCCAUUAAAACUGUGUUCUCCACCCAACCAUCGUACCCUGGGGUGAAGCCUGUGCCUGCAGUGAGUGAUAAGAGAGACGAGAGUGCCAUUUUUACUGGUUUGGCUAUUGGGGACGGUGGCAAGGUUGAUGGAGUGCUUCCAAAGGUUUCUGUGAACUCGGGUAGUAGAACACAUUUCAGGGAGAAACUUGCUAUUAGAAAAAUGGAGGAUAGGCCAGCAUGGGGAGGCCAUCCUAAUGGGAACAACAUUAACUUUCCCAAUCUUAGGAAUGGUCUUCAUGGUCCAAGUUGGGUGCCCAAUCAAGCUGCGAGGCAGCCUAGUCCCAUUGAGAUUUUUGCUCCUAGGUCUUCCACAAGCAAUGUCUCUGAGCUAGGUAAUGGUGUGAGACAGGAUUUCAGGCUUAACAACAACUAUCAACCUCAAAGGCAGGUGCAAAUGCAAAUUGACUUCUCGGGAGCCACUUCCAGGUCUUUUGCGAGGCCGGUUCUUGCUGAAUCAGAACUUUCUGAUGUUGAGGCCUCGUGCAAGGAGGAGCAACCGAGUGUUGUUGCCGACGAAAGGAGGCCCAGGAAGCGAGGCAGGAAGCCUGCUAAUGGAAGGGAAGAGCCCCUCAAUCACGUGGAAGCAGAGAGGCAAAGGCGUGAGAAACUGAACCAACGUUUCUAUGCAUUAAGAUCUGUUGUGCCCAAUAUAUCCAAGAUGGACAAGGCAUCGUUGCUGGGCGAUGCCAUUGCUUACAUCAAUGAGCUUCAGGCAAAGCUCAAGAUGAUGGAGGCUGAAAGAGAAAGAUUUGGAAGCACUUCAAGGGAUGGAUCAGUCUUGGAGGGUAGCUCAAGAUCGGAAAAUCAUCUGGUUAAGGCUCCUGAUGUGGACAUUGAAGCUGUCCAAGACGAGGUUGUUGUAAGGGUGAGCUGCCCUCUUGAUACUCAUCCUGUUUCCAAAGUAAUCCAAACACUCAAAGACGCACAAAUCAGUGUUGUAGAGUCAAAACUUGCUGCUGCAGAUGAUACUAUUUUCCACACAUUUGUAAUUAAGUCCCAAGGAUCUGAACAGCUUACAAAGGACAAGUUGAUUGCUGUGUUUUCCGAAGAGUCCAACUCAUUAUUACAGCCAUUGUCGUCGGUUGGGUAACACAGUAAUUACAGUUAGCAUAGUCCAUAGGCAUGUGAUACAUAGAGAAAAACCAAUUUCUAAAGCUUCCUCAAAAAUUUUGUUAUACCGCGGAGGAUCUAAAGAGAAAAGCGGUGGGAACCAGAGUAGUAGAAUAAUAGCUCCCAUUAACCGCGUAGGCAAUUUAUGUUUGUUUAUAGUAUACAUAG